CGUAGGAAAUUCCCAAAUCUGGUCAUCCCAAAAUCAAUCGCGCUCUGCUCAGCCAUGGCGGAGACCGCGACCGCGACCGCUCCUCGGCCUCGGCGCCUCCUCCCGUCCGUACCUACGACCAGCCGCCUCCGCCGCGACCACCCGCGCCAUGUAGCUUCCCCGUGCCGCUCUGCUCGCGUGGAGCUUCUGGUCGCCGACGGCGGCCGUCCUCAGGCGCGGCGCCUAGCUAGACCGACCGCGAGCACAUCAGUCAAGCGCCUCUCGGACGCAUCGGCGCCCGCGGUCGGCUCCGCCAUGCCCGCCCUGCUGCCAUGUGAGUUCCUCCGCCGUGUUUCCUUAUCAACAUCUGAACCCAUUUUAACCCGUCGAAAAAAGUUGUGUUUUUCACUUCUUCUAAAAUUUUGUUCUGUUUUAGACGGCAGCCGGCCUGCCAUAACAUGGUCCGGGAAUAGAGUACUGUUGGUCGACUGAAUGCAGCUUGCACACUGCCAUGGUCUCGAGUCAAUUAUAGGACUGUACGACAGUGUGGUGUCCAGAUGCAGGCACAUGUUUGAGACUCUAUUUAUGCACCUCAUCUGAAUUAUCCUUCAAAAUGUGUGCAUCCAGCACGUACCCUCACAUGCGACUCCUCGCUGUCAUCAGUGUUCUUAAUUUCUUGCUUCUUUGGCUGCUUGUUGAGAGUGGACAUGUGUCUAGUUGGCAUCCCUUGUUGGCUAGCUCCUGUAACAUGGAAAUGGAUAGCAUAUUCAUUCACCAGUAGACUACUACUGCUAGUACCACUACUCAGUUGAUCUGGACUCACUGGCAAGCAGUGUCAUACUCUUCAGUUCAGGUGUUCUCUUCCUUCAGAGUUGUGAGGUAUCAUGCCGCCACUUUGCCAUCUCCUAGCCUAGCUCACUAUAUGCAAUUAGGCUGCGCUCUUAGCUUGUCUAAUUGUCGUUACUGAUUUUACGUAUCUACAGUGCUUGCGUUGCAGGAUCAAGCUCACAACAAUGGCUGGAGGGCCGUUGGGAUUCUGGAAUGACUGGGCGUCCCAGAUUGGGGUUCUCUUGAGCCUCUUCUUCCAGGUCAUGCUCCAUAUCUUUGCCAACAUCCGUCGGCAUAAAGACGGCUCAAAUUGGCUGAGGUUCCCCCUCUGGGUGGCGUACCAGCUGUCCGACUCCACUGCGACAUACGCCGCUGGCCAGCUCCUCUUAAGCGGCGCAAAAAAAGACCACCACCUCAUCGCCUUCUGGGUGCCGUUCCUCCUACUGCACCUCGGCGGCCCGGAUAACAUCACCGCCUACGCCCUCGAGGAUAGCAAGCUCUGGGGGCGCCAUUUGCUAAUCCUUCUGGUCCAGGUCCUGGGUGCUGGAUAUGUCCUAUACAAGCAUAUUGUCGGUAGCGGGACCUUGCUCAUGGUGGCUGCCAUCUUGAUAUCUGUUGUCGGUGCUGCAAAGUAUGGGGAGAGGACAUGGGCGCUCCGAUCCGCCAAGUUCAGCAGCCUCCGGAGCUCUCUCAAGGUACGGGCACAUGGCAUACAUCACCAGCAAUUUUACACCGAGUAUCAAGACUGGUACAGCGAUGACGAACUAGUCCUGCAGCAUGCUCACUCCCUGUUUCAUAUCUGCAAGCGUGGGAUAGUUGAUUGCGUGAUUGCGGUGGAUGACUCGGAUAGCCAGAAUGAGGUAGAUUCUCUGGACAGCAAAAUAAUCCAGGGCUUUUCGAAAGACCGUCAACACAUGUGGAGGGUGAUGGAGAUGGAGCUCUCCCUCAUGUAUGAUAUCCUGUACACAAAGGCAAGCGCAGUCCACACUUGGGUUGGCUACUGCAUCCGUGUCAUCUCGCCGCCCGCCAUUGCCACCUCUCUCGUCUUGUUCCAGUUGAGCAGCAAAGAUGAUUACAGCCUAGUUGAUGUUGCCAUCACGUACACCUUGUUGGUUGGCGCCUUGUUCCUGGAGACGAAAUCGCUCCUUGUCGCACUAGGGUCAAGCUGGGUCUUUGCCUUCUUGUGUACCACACAAUGGGAUUGGCUCCGGCAUUCUGCUCUGUGUUCUGGAAGAUGGCAUUGGCUUCGGCACACACUUUUUUCUCUUCGCCGGUUUUGGCCUGGCAAGAUGAUCAUGACAGUAAGCUCAAGGAGAUGGUCAGGCACCAUGGGGCAGCGCAACAUGCUGCGGUCUUGUGCCAGACAGGUGGAUCCGAUGAGUCAAUGCCUAGGCAAUCUGUCCAAGAUGCUGAACCUUGGUGAGUGGUGGGACAGGAGGCAGUUGUGGACCAUUGAUGUCCCUGAGAAGGUCAAGAAGUUUGCAUGGAGUAAUGUCACAGCAAUUGAUAUGAACACGAUGGGCUUGCUCAGGACUGGAUGGGGUAAAGCGGCACUGGAUGAAGAGCACUACCCUGGGCUGUUGAUUGAGUUGGAUGUCUUUCAUGGAGUUGACUUCCAUGAGAGCGUCAUCAGCUGGCACAUCGCUACCGACUUGAUCCUUGCUGCAACAGACCGAAGGGGCGAUCACGUGUCUGACGAUGAGGUGGAGCUAGUCAGUGUACUGUCCAACUACAUGAUGUUCCUCCUCGUGGGCUCCCCCGACAUGCUACCAGGCCUUCCUCAAAACUGGUUGUACGAGCAAACCUGCAAACAGCUAGAGAAGAUACGCAGUAAACACGUUGCUGGUUCUCCUCGCAAAAGCGUCUACACUGUGCUGAAGAACUUGUUCCGACCACACCAUCACCGUGGCUGGAAACCUUCUGAGCUUGAGAAGGAGAUCGCCAUUGACAUACUGAAAGAGCUGGAAGACCCCAACUUCAAUAAUCCUAGGCUCAGUUAUGCACGCACUAUUGCGAGAACAGUGCUUCGUAGAAAGGAAAAUAAGGUUUGGAUGCUGCAAAGGCUGUGGUUGGACUUCCUGUUCUACGCAGCCAACCGGUGCAACAGGGAGGCGCAUGCGAGGAAGCUUGGCAGCGGCGGUGAGUUGUUGACCGUCGUGUGGCUUUAUCAAGAACACCUCCACCAAGUAAAACAGGACAGGAAAAAGAGGCAGAGCCCUGUGUAAUACACUGUACUAAUAAUGAAUGUCCGGAAAUAUCCUCACUUUCUGUACUUUGUAAGCAUAAUAUCAUUCUUCAGUUCAGAACCCUUUGUUCUUGCUCAGCUUGCGGUUUCCUUCCUAUGAUGAAUACGGCGGAGCACAGUAUGCCCAUUCACAUGCUAGCUAGCCCAGCAAUGAUCCAGUGAACAAAUUGUGCUGUACAGGGCUUACGUUGUAAUGAUGAUCUGCAACCAAAAUUAUGAACAAGUUCAAAAAUAGAUGCAGGCCCGGAGGUCUUAGCUGUGGGCAGUGCAGUAUUUGCAUAUCGGUUGUGUGUUUUAUUGGCAGCAGCAGAGAGUCACGCCCAGUUGGUGUUCUGUGAAGUAACAGGUUCUGGUGGAGUUCCUCUAGUCACGGAGAGCUUAAGGUGCAGGCAAUGCGAAGGAGUUCAGCGCUGGUAUUGGCUACGGCGCACACUUUUUCUCUUGGCUGGUCCUGGACUGGCAAGAUGACGAUGACAGGAAGCUCGAGGAGGCGCUGAGGCACCAUGGGGAAGCACAUCGUGCUCUUUGUUGCCAUGUCAGUGCAAUGAGCACCCACAUAAUCUUUCACACCAUCUAUUCCACUCCGGCAUAACUGAUGGAAAUUCACCUGUUACUGGAACAAGACCAUCUGAUAUUGGCCCUGGCAGGUCCUGCUCAGCAGCAAAGAUAUGGCAGCAGCAGUUCCUGCUUGGCAGCAAAGAGGAGGCAGCAGCAGUACUAGGCGAGCAGCAGCAAAGAGGAUGGAGGCGCCAGCAGCAGGGGGAUGGUGGCCUGGCCAUGGCUGAGGAGGGAGAGGUGGAGGGUGAAAGGGAGGAGGGAGAGGUGGAGGCGGGGCUGGAGGUAGGAGACGACUUAGGGAUCUGGCGGAAUUCAAACCAGGGGUAACCUGGUCAUUUCCCUCCUUUUUCACCUGGUCGGAAAACCCGCCAACGACUUAUAUUUCGGUACAGAGGGAGUAUAAUCUUACGGGCGGAGCAGCCGGGUUGGUAGCCGUUGGAUGAUUUCAACUCUGUCCAUUGGAUCCGCGGCGCCGUUUGCUUCUUUUAGCACAAACAGCGUUGCAAAGUAGAACCCGUCCAUGUGGGUGGAUCCCAGCACUGCUCAACGGAUCGUUCUUUUUUAUUCCUCAGCUUUGGAUUCAGGCGUUCAGCUCUGGCUCUCUUGUUGGCUCAUGGCUGCCCAUGCGUUCCUCACGCUGCAAAGUGCCAGGGCCGUUGUCUAAACAAACCUUGCAACAUACUCUCUCCCUUCCUUAAUAACCAUUUUUAUAGAUUUCUAUAUAAACUAUAUACGGAGCAAAGUUGGUGGAUCUACGCUCUAAAAUAUACCUAUAUGCAUUUGUAUGUUUGUCCAUAUUGAAAUCUCUAAAAAGUUUUAUAUUUAGAAACGGAGGGAGUAGUAUAUUUUUGAAAA